AUGUCGCCGGCGUGGCGCAUCCUCGUGUGUUUCCUGGUUCCUGUACUCCUCUGUGCCCUGCGUCAGGCACAAGACGUUGAGCAUGGAAGCGCAGUCUUGCAGUCACAGGUGUCGGGCGACCGGUCAACAUGGACUCAGUGCUGCGUCACAAAGGACACUGGGAACAUCGCAAUGAAAAGCCGCACUUUCCAUAAAGAGGCGUUGGAGAUUCUCGGCAACAUUACUUACUCCGGUGCUUACGGCUGGAAAGAUACAUUCCACAUGCGGCCUUACAAUGGUUACAAGGAGCAUUGCAAAGCUCUGCAACUCUAUCCUUGUCCGAAGGUGCAAGACACUCUGUUCGAUCUGUAUGGAAACGACGAUCUUCAUGGAUACCGCAGUUACGCCAAAGUGAUCGAGAUGAGCAACACCUUCCUCUCGAAGUACCAUUUUACGACGGAGGAGUAUUGGUUGCGUGCGCCAGCAUGUCCUGAUGGCAUGGAAUCAGCCACAGAUGCCGACCGAUGCACACAGGAGCUAGAGUCUUUCCUACAGUUCUUGCACACGUGGAAGAUUUCUAUGGAACGGAGCCUGCAAAGGUAG